UUCAAGUUGUUUAGGUCAAGAUAAAAUGGCAGCCCCCACAAGUAUACACAUAGUUGCAUAGCAUUUUGAUUUUACUUUACAUAUAUUUGAGUUACACCUGAGAUACAUAAUGCCACGUAAAUGUGGUGGAUGUGAUAAGAAUGCAAUAUUAAAGCGUCCUAAAACGGUGAGUUUUUAUUUCCAAUGACUAGACCAUAAUAAUACUAAUUAGUUAAGAUCUAAAUAUUUGUCUUAGUCUUAGUCUUAGACUGACUUAGUGACUUACUUACUUAGUGAUACUGUUACUAGUCUUAUAUUAAGUUAGUCUUUGUUAGUCUUAAUGCUUAAUCAUCUGAGAUUCUGAGUCUCAAACUCAAGACUUGAAGUUGAGAGUUAAGGACAAGGAGUGUACGUCUAGUAGUCUAGUGAUUAGACAUUUGUAACUUAAAGUAGACGACGUAGUUCUUGGUAGUCAGCUAUUUUAAAAUUAUUAUUAUUAUGAAUGACAGGCUAUGAUAAAACAUUUAGGCCUAGCGCUAAGGCUUAGAUUUACACGGCUUAUAAAUUAUAAUAAUUAAUACUAAUAGUGAUAAAAGGGGUUGAUUAGUAAUGGGCAUUCAUUAAAUUUGAAAUAUGGCAAUAUGGUACACAAUAGUAUUGAUUAGUGUUUACCUUGCUAUUUAAUUAUAGACAGAUGAUGGAUACUAUACGGAUAAUGGGUAGGCUGAGAUGUGCCGCCUAAGCAUAAAAUAAAUUUAUUAAUAACUAAUGCUUAACCUGAGGCAUUUUUUUUUACAUCGAAUAUGGGCAUUUGGGAAAAACUUGGUGCGUCCAUGUCACAGCCAUAUGUAUUGUGUUACAAAAUAAAAAUAGUUAACUUCUCAUUUUCUAUAAUACAUGCCGGCCUUUAAAAAAUAGUCCUACGCCUACAGACAGUCCUACACACUACCUGCUACCCUUUAAACAAUAGGCAUACAGACAGUCCUACACCCUACCCAUCAGCAUUCAAACACUAGUCCUACAGACAGUCCUAAACCAUACUCGCAGCUCUUUAUUGAUUAAUAUGAUAGUCAACUCCGAAAUAAUUUAACCUAUUUACCUUCUGUUUCAAUCAUCACUGGUGGUCAUAUUGGGAUACAAGCAAGGAUGGGUUUCUUUUUUAAUUUCAUUUGAACGUUAAUAGUUGAAGUUUAAUAAUUUAAAAAAAACAAGAGGCGAAUUUUAUUUUAAUAUUUCAUAUAAGCUGUAUUGCUGUUCAGAUUUAGAUUAUGAUGCAAAUAAUGCUCUGCAAUAAACAGGAGAGUCAUCAUACACAUCAUUUAUUUGAUAGCCAAUAGGCCUAUAAAUAGUUAUUAUAAAAAUAAUUAGCCUCACUCGCUAGGCUUAGACUAUACAUUAGAGUAUAAUAGGCAUAGGAAUAUUGGUGAUUUAAUAUUUAACUCGAUUUAGAUGAAUUGCUAACUUACCAUUGAUAUUAGUUUAGUAACUUUACUUAGCCUUAGGUUGCUAGGCCUUCCUUAUUUUUUUAUUAGUCUUGUUAUAUGAGCAUUGUGAAAUAGGCUAAGUUUAAAAAAAAAUUAUUUUAGUAAGAACUAACUAGGCCUUAGCUUAUGCCCAGGCAAAAUAUACCUAAGCCUGCUAUUAGUUAAGGGGGGGAUAAGACUAAUUUAGAAGAAAAUUACUUGCCAUUAGGAUACUAUUUGCAGACUAAUUUUAAAGUUAUAUUGUUCUACCAUCUACUAAUGUUAAAACUAUAGGCACUAUAGGUACAAUGGCUAUGAAAGGGCUGAAGACUAAGCACUUAACUAUUAGUUCCAUAUGAACCAUUAAAGCAGGCCCUAUAUUCCUGAUUACUAAUAUUAUUUGUAAGCCAGUUGAAUUAGGAUGCAAGGAACAGAGAAGUCGUCUAAGUCUUCUCAUUUUAUCUUUUGAGUAUCGUUGGCUGCUUGCUGAUUGCCUAACUAAUCACCACCUAGAACUGGACCACAUAUUAAGCUUCUAAAUUAAUGUUAUAGUUUAAUUAGCCUAAUGUUUAUAUUCAGCCUUAUUAUAUUAGCUUAGACUUAUGACAUUCAUAGUGGUUACCAAACUUAAUACUGUCAAACCCGCCUAUCUCGACCUCCGUUAACUCGCCAACCCUGUUAUGUCGACGUUUUUGAAGUGGAACUGCCUAAUUUUCUCUUUGUCUUAGCAUUUUCUCCUUGGUUAUGUCAAUUCAUUUAUGUCGCCGACCACACCCUGAUAUCUCAAGCACAAAAGGCUGACAAAUUUGCCACUUAACCACAGUUAUCUCAAUCCCCAUGACCAAUCGCCGGCUUUUCAACUCCGCAAGAAGAAAUAGCAAACAACUAAUAAACAAGUUUUUCAUUAUUAAAAAUAAUUAUUUAUUUCUGAAAAUACAGGACUUAUGCUUUAGAAUGUACCUAAAAGUAGAAGUAAUUUAAAUAAAUAUUUUUAAUUCGAGGUUUAAAAACCUGGUAGAGUCCAUAUUAUAAAUGAUCAUAAUUUGUUGUCUGCAAAACAUUGUCACAGGCAGCCAUUCACGGUCACUUGCAUAAUGGCUAUGCCAUGGUACUAUGUCAGAGUUUCAUUCAUAAGAGUUUGCAGUGUGCAAAAGCUAUUAAACCUUUGUUCAGGGAAAGCUUUAAUAUUAAAUAGUCAUGUGCCAAAGUUGAAAGUUCAAAAUAAGUGAUUCUUAAAUAGUAUUUUAUUAAUAAGGGGAUGCGUUGCCUUAUAUAAACUAUACUGUCAUUGUGCAAGACACGCUCAGUAGAAUGAGGUCACAAAAUGUAGAGACUUCGUCCAUAGUAGAAAAUACCAAACGAACUCGCACUUUAAAAAUUCGUAGUUCAAAGAGUAUAAAGAUAAAAAGCUGAUUCUGGUUUCAUUUUUUUAAUUUGCAAUUUCCUCUAAUUAAAUGUAAUAUUUUUUUUACUGAAGUACCUGCAUUUAUUAACGCACAUUAUGUACAUAAAGAAAUUUCAAGCACAUUUUAAUAUAUUGGCGCCAUAUUGGUUUUCGGUUAUCUCAAUCAUCGGUUAUCUGGACACUUUUUGCCAAACCCUGAGGCCGUCGACAUAAUCGGGUUCUACUGUACUACCUCAAGCUAUGUUCAAACGGGAUACACAGAAUAUUUAAGAGUCUGUGCUAAGUUUGGUAAACUAAUGAGAAAAUAGAGUCAAAACUAAAAAAAAAAUUAAAACGCAGCUGUUGUAUCACAUGACAUCAAUAUCAACAUUGACAAAAAACACUACAUAUUACAUCUUAAGGCAGUUAAGAACCACACAGUAACAUGAGUUUAAAGGCAUCAGUUCGUUAUAUGCAAACGUAACAAUCCAAUGGAAAUCGCUACUUCGAAACCAACCAUUUAACAUGUCAACUGCACAUCUCUCUUAAUGACAAAUGUGCACUCAAAGGUAUUGCCAUUUGUGCCAGCAUUACUUCUAGACUUCUAGACAAUGCUCAGAGAUUUUGUAUUGCCAUUUGUGCCAGCAUCAAUUCUAGACUUCUAGACAAUGCCCAGAGAGGUCGUUUUCCGAUGCAUCAUUAUUUUUAUGCAUUUAUAUACUCUAAACUUUUGAUUCAUGUCUUGUUCUCUGCCACAUUUCUAAAUGUGUUUGAUAUUAUAUCAAAUAAACAUUCAUUGUUUUCACAGCCAUUCAGAAAGAAAUACAAUAAGUAUUGAGUGAGUUUUUGUUUGACUAUUUAUUACAACUUAGUUAAAUUAGGUCAUUUCAGAUGUCAGGCUCCUCAGCCUUAUGUUUCUCUUAUUGGUCUUACAAGGGAUCCCAGUGUUUCAAAUUUUUAAGUCUGUUAAAUAAAAGUACCAGCUCAUUGUUCAAAAUGGUAAUUUUGUUCACAUACCACUAACAUAAAAUUCUUUUUUUUUUCCAUUCUUAAAGAUUGCAGCACAUUAUUUAUCAAAUUAUGAACAAGAAGGUAUAUAAAAAAAAAUUGCAAACCUUCACAUUAAUAGGUCGAUGUGACAUUUCAGCUGAACUUGAAGAUGAGGUUUAAUUUAUCAUACAAAGUUCUGAUUAUGAAGUCUAUUUAUUUCAAUUUUGUCACUAAUUAAUAAACUUUAUCUGAAUUUUCUUCAAAGUCUUACACCUUAAACUGUUGCAUAGACCUUUGUGCCAUUUAAUGCUACUGAAUAAGUAAAUCAGAAAAGCUCUCUGUUAAUUUCAGUCCAUUGCCAAAUAAAACACAAUUAGCUUUUAUACUAAAAAAAAAAAAAAAUUCUCACAGCUUCUCUCUCUUGAAGAGCAUUUGUUACAGAAUCUUUUGUGUAAGUAAUAGGAGGUCAAUGGCUUAACGCUUUUAUGCCAACAACCAAAGUAUGAAUGGCUUUUAACAGUCAGUUGGUAUUUAUAUCUAGUAAACAUUUUGAUAGACUUGAUAGAUAAAUGCCAACAUGUCAUUGAAAUGGAUUUUAAAAUUGACAUGCUCUUGGGGGGGGGGGUGGGCCUUAGGGCGCCAAUAAAUCCAUCUUUUAUUUUGUAUUUAAACCGGCUGCAUUUUUUGUUUUUUAAAAUAGAUUAUGUUUCAUUUCUCCGCAACAUAUAUUUUUGAGUGUUGUCUCGGAUUUAGACCUUCUGACAUUUAACCUGGCUUUUCUAUUUGUUUGGCUAUGGCGUGGUUAGUGUAGCUGUAAGAUUCGUGUGUUCUAUUUGUCAGACCGGAUUUCCUGCACCCAGCACCAUUCAUGUCUCUCAUGGAGGUUAUUGUCUCGCAUUGAAAUAUCAAAAUAUCCGGAGUUUGUGUAUGAGUGUAAGGUAGUUCGUUGCCCGUGUGACAUCGCUGAGGUUCUGUGGUCCACUGCCACCGGUCAUCCGAUACCUGCGUAAUAAUCGAAGACGAAGCACUACAGCCCAGUGUUCACCCACGGAAUGAAGUGGGGUUGGGGGGGGGGAUACUCAAAAGUGGAACAACAUACCGUGUUUGUGGACACAUGUUAUUGGUCAGCACGCCGAUUGCGAUGGUCACGUUAUCACAACAUUGCUAAUGUCCAAGACCGUUUGUCGGGGGACACGGGAUAGCGUUGUCCGCUACAAAGGCUGUUUCACGAUGAACAUUGACUUGUUCACUCCACUCACCCGCCCGGGCUAACGGCGUGUACUUGAUCUGGCCGUCUGUUCUGUCUAAACAUUGCCGUCGGCGGAGAUGGUCUAAUUGAGAAAUUCACGUUGGGGACUGAUCAGACAAUGAAUACAGUCUCGAUGAGACGUUUGUAUUCUGAAAGUGCUCAAUCCAUUUAAAAAAAUAAAGAAAAAAACAGCAUUAAAAAAAAAACAACAACUUUGGAAACAAAAUGCCAGAAAACUAUAAAAACAAUGCUAUCCGUCAGAGAGUUGCUCGUACUUAAAUCGCCGUUUAUUUGCGUAUUUAUAGAACUACUAGCCACUAUACCCGGCUUUGCUCGGGGUUUUAUUUGGAGAAAAAAACAACCUUCAAAAGCGUUUACAGCCUCCACGUAAAUGUAGGACCCUGUCAAAAACACUUCGCAAAAGUACACAUUCAAUUAAACUCGUUCUCCUAUAAUAAUAAUAAUAAAAAAAGCCACAUUUAUAAUAACUCUUGUCAAGAUUCAAUGCGGGGCGCAGCCGAAAUCAGUGAUUAAAAGACAAAUCUGACUUUUAAAAGAUGUCUUAUUAAAAAAAGGUAUUCAAAGCUAUGGUCGAUUAAUAUCAGUUAAAAUAAAAUGGGUGCCCAUUCAAAAAGUGUCCAUUUUAGUUAGAUAGAGGCACUAUAAAAAGCAUUCAGAUAAAAUUCAAGCUAUUUUUUCAAAUGUUUCCUAUUAAAAUCGGAAGGAAUGUACUAAGAUGUCGCCUUUUAAAUGUUUACUAUUGGUGCCUCUGUCGCUCAAACAACUUAACCUUUAGUAUUAAUACUGUAGUGAGUAUUUUAGGAUGGAUGAGAAACAAAAUUUAUUUUGAAAAUUGACCUUUUUAAAUCGUUCGAUAUACGCGAAAGAUGGAGCGUUUAUGAAAAUAAAAUUGGUAGAGUAUAUGUGUUUUCCAAUGGUCUUAGGGAAGGGGUCGUGACCCACAGGUUGAGAACCGCUGGUCUAGACUAAGGUAGAAAUUUAAAAAAAAAAAUGAUAUAUUCAUUGAUGCUGAGGAAAUCCCCAGGAAAGUAUAGAAAUCUAUUUAAUUUUUGUUAAAAAUAUUUUUUUUUUUAAAUUUCCUUUAACUUUGAGAUCCACUUAAAAUAAUUUACAUAAUAUCGGUAUUUAUAUCUACGUGGAACAAUGUAGAACUUGCUGGGAAAUUCUAUAUACUUUUUUUAAACCUUCAAAUAAUCUUUUUUAAAAAGACUAUUUGUGUAACUGUUAGUUCAAAAGUAAUACAGAAUACCCCACUUUACGCGUUUUCCAUUAAAAUUAAAAUAAGGGCUAAAAGGUGACGUUUUUAUUAUCAUUAAGAUAUGACCCCUAAAUAAUGAAUCAGAAAAAUAGUCAAGUUAAAGUUGUCCCCUAAAAAUCGUCUGGAAAAUGUCAGAGAUGUAGCGUUGAUCAUGAAAUAGAAGCGAGACACCCUGGUCCCGACAGUGAUGAAUAUUAUGAGUACAAAACCCUCCAGUUUUUUAAUAUAGAUUUUCAAAGUGCCAAGUUUGGUCUAGAUCUGUCCAAUUAUUGUAUUUUUUUUUUUAAAAGCUCUUAUAAGAAAAGGAAAUAUAUAUUUUUUUGUCCCCCUUCAUGUAUUUCUUUACUACGUGUAUAUUUCUUAUUACAUCAUAAUUUUUUAAUUUAAAAAAAAAAUGGAACAACUUCAAAGAUCAUUCUGUCUAUAGAGAGCUUACAUGUCAAUUGUGGAACUUCUCCGAACUUUCAUUCUGUCUAGAGAGCUUACAUGUCAAUUGUGGAACUUCUCCGAACUCUCAUUCUGUCUAGAGAGCUUACAUGUCAAUUGUGGAACUUCUCCGAACUCUCAUUCUGUCUAGAGAGCUUACAUGUCAAUUGUGGACCUUCUCCGAACUCUCAUUCUGUCUAGAGAGCUUACGUGUCAAUUGUGGACCUUCUCCGAACUCUCAUUCUGUCUAGAGAGCUUACAUGUCAAUUGAGGACCUUCUCCGAACUCUCAUUCUGUCUAGAGAGCUUACAUGUCAAUUGUGGACCUUCUCCGAACUCUCAUUCCCAUCAUUAGUAAGCCAUGUCAAGACAUAGUCUUCACAUCUUCAGAUUGUCCACGACGGGACUGGUUUCACAAGAUGUAACACAUUGUAACAAUCAAAUUCAACAUAGUUACGGCCACACUUUGUCAUACCCACAUCACUCAGCACGACAUAACCCAUUGCCAUAGACGUAGGACUUUGCGCCACAUGACACAUUGUCAUCGCUAAAGCACCGCGCCACAUAUUCCAUUGUCAUAACCAUAGUACUCUUCGCCACAUUAAUCCGUUGUCAUAGUCACAAUAGUACUCUGCGCCACAUCAUUCCGUUGUCAUAGUCAUAGCACUCUGCGCCACAUCAAUCUAUUGCCAUAGACAUAGCACUCUGCACCACAUCAAUCCGUUGUCAUAGACAUAGCACUCUGCGCCACAUCAAUCAGUUGUCACGACCAUGUCACCAGUACGGCAUUUCACAUCGAGUCGAAGCCCAAAAACACCAUAAGUCGUCACACUCACUGCUUAUGCCAUGAAUGUCCUGGUCACCCGGUCAGUCUUACAUGGCAAGAAAUCAACGCAUCUGGUCCGCCCCCACCCGUCCUCUAACUGGUCACUGCUCAUAAUGAAGCUGUUGGGCUACACAUAGAUGGUGCUACAUUCAAGCUGUCGCAAGCCGCAAUAGAGUACAUGCUCGUGCUGUGACACUUUGUGACGCUAUCUAUACUGACGUCAACAUAUCUAGCCCGCGGCCCCAUUCCACACAAAAAUUCUUAAAUCUAUGCAAAACGUCAGCCACACUAUAUAGUUUAAGGAGCGCGGUGUUAAAAAAGAUGGAUGGACGAUUGUCCCUUGGUGUUUGUGGUCCCAGUCAAUGACGCAGAUGAAAUUUCCGUUAUUGCAGACGCCGGCACCCGGACCGGUGACGAUAAUUUAUUGCACCCGGUGCUCUGCCACCAGCGCCCGUACACAUCAAGACGGUGUUCCUCUUGGAAACGCUACACCUGAGAAUCAUCCCGUUCCUCUAUCGGUAAUAAUGAAAUGCCAAUUUCGCUUCCCUUGUCCGUACAAAGAGGGAGGGCCGAGUGCCAAGGAAAUGGACGAUCCCUCGGUGGUGGGACGUCUUGAGUGUCGGGAUGGCUUCUACUGUCUGACACUCCCUGUCCCGAGCAAAUUGUCUCUCGUGCGGCGAUGCCGCGUUGGAGUCGGCAACGAGAUUUUUUACAUGACUCCGAGUCUUCGGAUCCGAUUCUAGUUUUUAGAUAAGACCCGGAAAUCAAACACAGGCAAAGGACGCAGACCAAAGUAAAAUACGAAGUUUUUUUAGUGCAACACCCAAACGCCUGGUCUGAUCAACACAGCAUUGGUUCAAGCUGCACAUUCCCUUCGCCUAAUGCAGCGUUCUUGAAAUACCCGCGUCAUGUUCUUGUCUGAUGCAGCUUGCUUUGCAAUGGUCAUAGCUGAUGCAAACCCUUCCUCUCUCCGUGAUAUUUGGUGAAGAAAAGGAGAAGGCCUUGGAGAUGUGAAAUGGUUUCAUUAAUUUGCAUAGCCGAGGCCUUCAAGAUCCUACUGACGGACAGACUGACCAUUUGAUAAUCUUGCACCUCUGCAUAACAUGGAAAUGGCUGAGAACAGGCACGGUCUCGCUGUAUUUAUAAUAUACAAUGUUAUAAGGGUCACUCGCGGGAGCUCCUACAAGUGCAGGGUCUUGGGGCGGUCGCCCCGUUCGCCUCCCCCUUAUUGCCUGGCCUGCCUGUAAAGACUGCCUCUCUUGUUUUCUCCUCUGUCCGGCCGUGGCGGUUGGUAAACAUUGAGACAGUCAUGUUUACUGCUGGGGCUCGGCUUCACUUGGGCAUAUAAUUAUCUGUUGACAAUUCGCGCCAUUGUCGCCGGGGCUCUCGAGGGGGGAUUACUCGGAAGUUGACGUUUAAGAUGUCUGCAGUUACCGCGCCGUAAGCUCGGCAGUAAAUGAUGACACGGGGAAGCGAUGGGCGGAGACGAUCAAUCUCGCAACGAGGCUGGGCUGAAAACGUAUGUGCCCGUGUGAAAGGUGGCGGAUCAUGUUCGGAGGAGGAGAGGGGGGUUAAGGGUGGGGAGGGGGGCAUGCAAUAAUGUGGACACCUUGCCUAAACCUACGUUUCACCUUUUUUUUUUGAAAGGCGUGCGUCACCUCGGGAUUUGUGUUGUUGUAAUGCUAGGUAAAUGAGUGAUUUCAUUGUCCUGUUAUUAUGUUCUCACGUGACAUGACGGGGGAUCAAACACGUUUUGGUAAUAUGUCCAAAGUUGCUCUUGUCUUACAGUCUCAGGCACAACGCCAGUUUGAAAGGAACGUUCCGUGAAUGAGAAAUUGUAUACCUAAAAAAAAAAAAAUGUCUAGUGAGCUGACGUCCACAGUCACUGACAUGUUGAUUGACCUGCGACUUUUAAAAGACGUUAUGGGCUGCCUCUCAGUCAUCGUGUUUCAAAUGUUUCUAUGCAGACAGUCUAGUACAGCCAGUCUAGACAUUUCUUCAAGUAGAGUUUUUUUAGCACCGAGCGGGAGAGCGGGAAACGAUGGUCAAAGACAUCACACGUUCAUUUGUCGGACAUAUUUUUUUAGGAGGUGGUUAUUUGGUUGGUUAAGCUGAGUUUGGUCGAAACGACUCGCGGACAUAUUGGAGAGUGGGGUCCCUGGUAUGGUAGCACCGACCCACCAGGUCCUUCACUCGACCCGGGGUGGAAAGUACUCCCAAACUAUGACGAAGUGACCCUACAGACCAAUUAUUUUAUUCUACUCAGUCUAAAUGUAAAGAACUCAUUUGAAACUACCAGUGCUAUUUAUCAUUUUAAAAAUCUAUAUUCAAAAUGAACAUAGCCAAUCAUAGGACUAUAAAAGAGAGGUUGUUAGAGAGGAGUUAUAAGUGCGCAUGUACAUGUUAAAUUAACUAUACUAUAUGUUCAGAAAGUAAGUUACGUAUACUGUUCUUCCUUAGGUGCCAUCGAAGUGGUACACUAAUACUCUUUGUGUUUUGAUUGUAAUGAUGUGUUUCAAUUUUGACUAUAUUAAUGCAAUGAUCAAUUUAGCCAUUUUAAUCAUAGAUACUAAAAAUGUGUACAAUUUAGCAAUGACUAAACCCAUUUUCCGAGCACAACCUACCCGCUAACUGCCGCCGGGACCAACGUCUUGAACAUGAAUCUGGCUCUCGGGCCCGGACUGGCCGACGUUUGAAAAUGCCAGCUCUUGAGUGACUCGGUGAUUUUCCAACAGCACAGUGAUUAGUAUUUUCUUCAAAGUUUGAAACAUAUACGUUAAAAAGUAAAGAUGGUCUGUUCUAGUGAGAAGUUGAGCCCCAAAUGAUUAUUUUUACAGGCCCUUAACAGGGGUCGGCAAACUGCAGCACGCGUGCCAACCGUUUGGCACGUAAAGCGAUUAGCAUUGACACGCGGAAGACCACCCAAAAAAAAAAAAGUAAAUUUAUAAAUGACUAAAAAAUGUUCUAGAAUGGUAAACUUUUAAGUUUUGGCACGCUAAUAAUACAAAAAGGCUGCCGCCCCCUGGCCUAAAGCAUCACUAAGGCUCAACUAAAGUAUAUUCCAUCUAGAGUGACACUUGACAUCUUACUUGGUGGUUAAAAUGCCCUAACUAAACGCAUCCAGCAGGAAUGCAGUUGUUGUACCGUAAACAAUAACUUGACAUCACACUUUUUUCUGCGCCACAUGUGUGGACUUUGGUGCCACACGGUUUGGUGGGGCGGGACACACCCACGGUUUGGUCGGGCGGGACGCACCCACGGUUUGGUCGGGCGGGACACACCCACGGUUUGGUCGGGCGGGACACACCCACGGUUUGGUCGGGCGGGACACACCCACGGUUUGGUCGGGCGGGACACACCCACGGUUUGGUCGGGCGGGACGCACCCACGGUUUGUUCGGGCGGGACGCACCCACGGUUUGGUCGGGCGGGACGCACCCACGGUUUGGUCGGGCGGGACACACCGGUUGAAAACCGAUGGCAACUGAUUUCUUAUUUCUUUUUGUUUGCGAACCUGAGUUGGAUGACGUGUGACGUUGGCAUAGAACCGGAUCCCUUGCCGCGGGUCCCGGGAUCCUACGAGUGGGCGGGGUGGACAUUUGGCAACAGCAUUGUCCAACGGUCGGCGUUGGCAGUGACAGAUGUCUAAAGGGGGGCGUGAUUGCCACACAUCUUAUUGGCCUUGUCUCUGAACAUUUUUUUUUCCCCACCCGGAAUUUAAAACGGAUGGUUAAAAAGGUCAGUUGAAGGUCGGGGGGGGGGUCGGGGGCAAUAUACCGACCAUGUUUUUAUGAAGUAGUACAGGCCGCUUCGACCUCUUGCUGUCAUAGUCACGGUUGUGUGAACCCCACGCCCACAAAGAUAAUAGAAAUACUAUGACUUUUAAAUAAGCAAGGACAGGGGGGGGGUGGGGGGGGAUUGUUGUUGUUUAUUUAUUUUUAUUUUAUUUUUUUGAAAGGGGGGGGGGGAGGUAAAAGUCAGUUGAUUAAAUCGGAGCUUCCUAGAUCAAGCAUUUGAUGGGUUUAAUGAAGAGGCCAAACCCCGGUCCAUCGUCUCUUUUGUCGGUUUGGAUUUAUGUAACCCAAGGAUGGCGAGUACCCUGAGAAUUUGAUUGUAAGAUCCCGUCCUGGGGCCGACUUCUGCUCGUUCUAUCCAUCUGCAGCUCGUGCACAGUAUCGUCUGCAAUUGCUUCAAAAGGACGUUUUUUUUUAAUCGUGUAUCUCUCAAGCCGCCUUUGAACCGAAAUAAUCUUCUUUUUUUUUUUUUUAGGAUGGCUUAUUCACGUAUCAUACACAACGUGUAAUGCUUAUCAAAGGGAGGUAAAUUACUAAUUGAUAGGUAAAAUAUGUAGAGGGGAAGCUAUCCAUUUUAAAACUUGAACGCUGAAACUGAAACAUCUGUGUGUAUAAACUGCAUUGUUCUUUUUGUAAUGGCUUUCUAUCUCCGAGGUACCAUCACAGCUGUCAGUUUGGUUUUCUUAGCAUCGCACUUAACACUAACAGUGGUAUUUGAUAGACAUGCAUGCAUUUAACCUUUGACCUCCCCAUCCACCAGGGCGAUGCAUUGUGCAAAGAAUGUUUCUUCUGGGCUUUCGAGGAGGAAAUCCACCACACCAUUGAAUCUGCCAAACUGUUCUCUCCCGGUGAGACUGUGGCCAUUGGGGCCUCUGGGGGCAAAGGUAAGACUUCAUAACGUGUCAGUGUGAAAUGUAAGGGUCCGAUCACUGGUGUGAAAAUUACUUGCUUUUAAGUGUUAAGAAGGAAACUUCAUUGUCUCAUAAAUUCCUUAGUUUGUUUGAAUUUUGACAUUGGGUAGACAUUUCAUCUGAUUUUGAGAGUAAAUGAUCAAGGACAAGUAUCAAAACCACGUAAUCUCUAACGAAAGGACAGGAAUUCAUAAUUUUUACUUUACUUAAAGGUACCCCAAACAAUAUAUUUAAAAAUAACAACUGCCUUCUUCAGCAGACAAUACAAAACAAAAAAAUAACUAUUUGAAAUUGAAAAUCUUAAAUGUUCCCAGAUCACUAUGUAGCUCUCUCAGUCUCUGUGUAUAAACAAAAAGUCUCACUAUGAAACAGUUUGUGCUCUGCUCCUGUCUCUCAGUCUCUGUGUACAAACAAAGUCUCACUAUGAAAUGUCACAGUUUGAGCUCUGCUCCUUUCUCUCAGUCUCUGUGUACAAACAAAGUCUCACUAUGAAAUGUCACAGUUUGUGCUCUGCUCCUGUCUCUCAUUCUCUGUGUACAAACAAAGUCUCACUAUGAAAUGUCACAGUUUGUGCUCUGCUCCGGUCCUCAGAUUCCACGGUGCUGGCCCAUACUAUGAAGAUUUUAAAUGAAAGACACGGGUACGGUCUCAACUUGAUUUUGUUGUCUGUUGAUGAAGGCAUCACAGGUUACAGAGAUGACUCUUUAGAGGUAUGUUUGUGCAUUACACAAUCAUAUUUAGAUGGGGAUAUGUAUAUAUUUUUCAUAUUUAGAUCUAUAUAUGUUUGUAUUUAAAUGUAUAUCUAUGCAUAUGUUCAUAUUUAAUAUACUAGUGUAUGUACAUUUGUCAGUAUGUUAAUUAUAGGUGUGUCUUUACAUAUCUAAUUCUAGCUAACUUGUUAAUUCCAUAGUUAUGUAUAAGGUUUGUUUAUUGUUUACUUUUGUGUUAAAGGUGCUAUGAUUAAAUUUUGUGUAUUUUUAACAUGUUUUUGUUACAUAAAACACAUAAAACAAAGUAAUUUUUCUUAAAAUUUGAAAAAAAACUCAAUAUAAUGAUUUGAUAGUUCAAUGUGGAAACUUGAUGAAAUCUAUGACUGGAUGAAAUCUAUGUCUGCCUGCUGCUGUCAGUAGUAGGUAAUGAAAUCUAUGACUGGCUGAAAUCUAUGUCUGCCUGCUGCUGUCAGUAGUUGGUAAUGCAAUCUAUGACUGGCUGAAAUCUAUGUCUGCCUGCUUCUGUCAGUAGUUGGUAAUGAAAUCUAUGACUGGCUGAAAUCUAUGUCUGCCUGCUUCUAUCAGUAGUUGGUAAUGAAAUCUAUGACUGGCUGAAAUCUAUGACUGCCUGCUGCUGUCAGUAGUUGGUCAUCUUAGAUACUGACUUGUCAUUUGUUUCCUCAGACUGUGAAGAGAAACCAACAGCAAUAUGACCUACCCCUGACUAUAGUGUCAUACGAGGUAUGUUUGUCUAAAUAUAAUCGAUCCCCUUAAUAUAGUGGCAUACGAAGUAUGUGUGUCUAAAUAGGACCUACCCUGGACUACAGUGUCAUACAUGGUAUGUAAAUUAUGGCAUAGUGUCACCUUGUUUUGGCAGUCCUCUUGUCUGUCUAUCAAAUGUUACUUUGGGUCUCAUUUCUUCAUGUUUUUUUCUGUCUCCGCUGCAAUUCCAGGAACUGUAUGGCUGGACAAUGGACGCCAUCGUAAAGCAGAUCGGUCUCAAGAACAACUGUAAGUUACCGGCACAUUCAAUGAAUUCAUUCUGGGACUAAGAAUAGUAUCAUAGGCUUUCUGAGUGGGACUAAGAAAAGUAUCAUAGGCUUUCUGAGUGGGACUACGAAUAGUAUCAUAGGCUUUCUGAGUGGGACUAUGAAUAGUAUCAUAGGCUUUCUGAGUGGGACUACGAAUAGUAUCAUAGGCUUUCUGAGUGGGACUACGAAUAGUGUCAUAGGCUUUCUGAGUGGGACUACGAAUAGUAUCAUAGGCUUUCUGAGUGGGACUAAGAAUAGUAUCAUAGGCUUUCUGAGUGGGACUACGAAUAGUAUCAUAGGCUUUCUGAGUGGGACUAAGAAUAGUAUCAUAGGCUUUCUGAGUGGGACUAAGAAUAGUAUCAUAGGCUUUCUGAGUGGGACUAAGAAUAGUAUCAUAGGCUUUCUGAGUGGGACUACGAAUAGUAUCAUAGGCUUUCUGAGUGGGGCUAAGAAUAGUAUCAUAGGCUUUCUGAGUGGGACUACGAAUAGUAUCAUAGGCUUUCUGAGUGGGACUAAGAAUAGUAUCAUAGGCUUUCUGAGUGGGACUAAGAAUAGUAUCAAAGGCUUUCUGAAUGGGACUAAGAAUAGUAUCAUAGGCUUUCUGAGUGGGACUAAGAAUAGUAUCAUAGGCUUUCUGAGUGGGACUAAGAAUAGUAUCAUAGGCUUUCUGAGUACAUAAAAAUGUUCAUACUCCGAUGCCUGUUGUAAAGUUUUAUUUGCAAGUUUUACUGUUGGGUUUCAGGCACUUUCUGUGGCGUGUUCAGGAGGCAAGCACUGGACAGAGGGGCCAUGAAACUAGGAGCAAACAAAAUAGUUACAGGUGACUUUAAGCGAUGCUUGAAAUGGUGGGAACAUUUUACAAGGACUGUGCAUUUGAUUAAAAUGAAAUCGGUCCGUUGUUCAUUUAUUUGCCUGGAAUUUGGUUCAGUCUCUUUAACCAACUGCUCUCUUCCCUUCUCUGUCACAUUCAUCCUAGAGCAGUGGUUCUCAACCUUCCCAAUGCCGCGACCCUUUAAUACCGUUUCUCAUGUCGUGGCGACGCCCAGCCACAAAAUUACUCUCGUUGCUACGUUAUAACUGUAGAGCAUAUGUGUUUUCAGAUGGUCUAAGGCGACCCCUGGGAAAGGGUCCUGUAAACCCCCAAAGGGGUCGUGACCCACAGGUUGAGAACCGCUGCUCUAGAGGGAAGUUAACACUCUGGUUCUAACUGUGGCGGUUUUAAUGAUAUCUCAAUUGAUUUAUAUUGGAAUAUAUUUAGUUAAAAUGUUGACUUUCCGAGUCACGAGUCAAUGCUGUAAAAAAAUUAUCUUACAAUUUCAAGGGCUGUAACUAGAAUAAUAAUGGAACAGACGUUUUCAUGGUCGUUUCUCUGAAAAAUGUCAUCCAUAGAAGGAAACUGCUCACCAAUGGAAAUAGAUAUUUUCAUUAAAUCUUUACUAUUUUUAAUAUCAUCUACAAGAAUUUAAAAUCGUUAAAUUUGAAAAAAAAAUUAUUUUAAAAGUGAAACUAAUUCGUUCAACUGUCCUAAUGAGUUGCUUCUUGCCAUGUUUCAGGACACAAUGCUGACGAUAUUGCAGAAACUGUUAUAAUGAAUGGUAUAGUUUUCUUUCAAAUUAAAAGGUCAUGGGUUUAAGAAGUUCUACCAUAACAUUAGAUUUUAAAAUUAAAAUAGUAUUUGGUUCUGUUUUUCAUGCGAAUAAAUUCAGGAAUUUUAAAAUCUUUUUGAAUUCUAUAUAUUUGCCAGUUUUGAGGGGAGACAUUGCCAGAUUACAGAGAUGUACAGCCAUCACAACUGUAAGUGCUCUACUAGUAUAUUCAUCUUAACUUUCAACAUGCAUUACAUUGACACAUCUCAAUACUCAGAGAAGUGCAAAUAAGGAUGCGAGAAAUUAUACUUUUCCUAAAACGUGUAUUUUUUGCAUUACAAUUUCCAUUCAUCCGAAGGUGUUACACGUGGUUACGUAGAGUCACAUAAAACUUUUUCCGAAUGAAAGACCAAAAACCAAAACAAAAAUAAAUGUAAGGAUUAGGUAAAUUAAAAAAAGUCCUAAAAGAUUUGAAGACAAUUCCAUAGAAGCAAGGUGCACUACCAGCAAGGUGUACUAUUAGCAGCAGUGCUUUUUCUGAUAAGUUCAUGUGGAAAUAAAACUGUGCAAGACACAAAAGACACAAUUUUUCCUCAUCACCAUCAAGGGCCACAAAUGUAAGCUUAAGUUAAAACUUGUUUAUGUAAUAGAACUGCACUGUGUAAUCCGACAUACAUGGCUGUGAGUAAUGACCCUUACAGUAAAUGAGAAACAUUAGGGAGGCCACGAUCAAGUUAUAACAUAAGGAAAUGAAGUGCACAUUAUGUGAAAACUUGCUAAAGUAAAAUAUACUUCUCUGAGCCAGUGCCAGCCUAUUUGUACUGCUAUGAGCUGAGAUGAUUUUAUUUUCGUCUAAAAAUAUUCUAUUUGUCAAUUUUUAUUGACUUGGUCUACACGUUCAUUGUUGUUGUAACACACCAUAUAUAUAUGUGUGUGGAUUAUGAUGACGUUAUUCGCAAUAAUUGAUGUGUAUUACUUAUCCUCAAUCACAGUCCUCCAUCAAUUCAAUAGUCAACAGUAAAAACACGACUUAUAACUUUUUCAUCACUAUAUAUUUAUUACUUGAAUAAGGCACAUCACAUGAAAUAAUAUCUCUAAAGAUCACAAUAAAUAUAGGUAUCACAUUUAUAACUUCUUCGGUACUCUUCACAAAUCAAUAUUAAGAUAUUGAUCAUAACUGGAAUGAACAUGGCCAGCGCCAAAAUAUAUGAAUCCCUGCAGAACAACGCUGACCGUUACCUCCUCUAUAUAUCCCAUAAUUCCUAACUUCCUGUUAUAUCUAUUUUACAAAACAAAACAUUAUUUUACGAAACAAAAUUGAUAUCUGUGACAGUUGUGUUGUGUCAUGUUCAAGUGUUCACGCAUCCUAAGCUUCAUAUUUUCUUACAAUGAAUGACAUUCAGGGUGGCGAUAGCCACAGGUAAGAGGUUCACUUAGUGUUGCUGCUAUUUCAGGGCACAGAAGGAUACCUGCCCAGGUGUAAACCUUUCAAGUACACCUAUGAGAAAGAAAUUGUCAUGUGAGUUGGUUAUUUCCCUACCUAAUGACAGACACUGCAGAAUGGCUUUGAGGGCCUGUAAAAAAAAAGAAAAAAUAAAAAAAAAAAAAAAAAAAAAAAAAAAAAAAAAAAAAAAAAAAAAAAAAAAAAAAAAAAAAAAAACAAAGAAAAAAGGAUAUAAAGAAAAAAAAAAAAAAAAAAAAAAAAAAAAAAAAAAAAAAAAAAAAAAAAAAAAAAAAAAAAAAAACAAUUCUAUGAAAACAAAAAUUAAUGUGGUAUAUUUUUUUAAAAAAAAAAAAAAAAAAAAAAAAGAAAAAAAAAAAAAAAAAAAAAAAAAAAAAAAAAAAAAAAAAAAAAAAAAAAAAAAAAAAAAAAAAAAAAACAAUUCUAUGAAAACAAAAAUUAAUGUGGUAUAUUUUUUUAUGUUUGUAUUUUAAUCAAAAGUGGAAUUAGAACUUAAGUAUUAAAUAUGUAACAAAUAUUUAUAACAUCCUAUUAACCAGCUAGAUAUCAUCCUUACAAAGAAUUGAAAUUAUGUAUCUUACGAUGUGUGACAUUUUUCCUUGUAAGCUGAUACAUAUUUCCUCUCUAAUGGUAAACAAUGUAUUUCCUAUCCCACAGGUAUGCCUAUUUUAAAAAACUUGAUUACUUCUCAACAGAAUGUAUCUAUUCCCCAAAUGCUUACAGGUAGGUCUGAUUCAUUUCUACUCAGUGUUUAUAAAUAGACUAAGUGCCAGGUGGCCAUGCAGUCUAAACUGGCUCAAUUCAGCUGGUGGUCUGGAGUUCAAUCCAGGGGUGGAUGGGACUCGUUACCCUUGGAUGGCAAUUCAUAGAGGAGAAGGCAAACUCUGAAUUCAGACCAGAAGCGAGAAUGUUCAAUAAAUUGAUAGUGUGCCCUCAAAUAGAGGGAAUAAAUAGACUGAUAUAAUUGUACUGAAUGCAUAUAAGUAAUUCAAAAAAUAAUUAAUUUCAUGCUUGGAGAUAAUUCUGAAGCAGAACGACUUCUUUAUGUCUCAUCUUUUUUAAUGUUUUUUUUUUCUUGUUGGCUUUCAUUUUCAAAAAGUUAAAAUCCUGGUGGCAGGCAGGAUCUGGCCCUUGUUCUGUAGUUUGAGUACCCCUGACCAAGGCAGGAAAUAAGUCAGUAAGAAAAUCAAUAUAAAUAUACUAAACAAUUCCAUGUUUAUUCAGGGCUACAUGUCUUGUUAUCAGAAAAAGACAUUUUUGUCUUUUGUUUCAGAGGAUUUGCCAGGGCUUAUAUUAAGGACUUGGAGAAAAUUCGACCAAGCUCAAUAAUUGGUGAGCUUAUUUUGAUUUAGGAGGAAUUUGUUCAAAGCAAUAAUUAAAUUGAACUUUGAACUUUCUCUCCCUCUCUCUCUAUAUAUAUAUAUAUAUAUACAUGUAUUUCAGAAAUGAGGCAGUAACAUACAUAACAACGUAUUGUUACAAUGAAUUAAAAGUUUGUGAAAAUUGUGGGUUGGAAAAAUAUUUCAGUACCAAUUAAUUUAAUGCUCUGUUUCAUUCAGAUAUUAUUCACAGUGGCGAAAGUUUGAGUGUCAAGAAGGAUGUGCGAAUGCCAACGCAGAGUAAGUCAAGUUUACCUUGACCCCAUUGAACUACGUGUUUACAAAUGAAAUGUUGUGACAGAUCAGCCUCUAAGAAGUGUCCUCAAAGGCUGUCCCCAGAUUGUGACAGAAGCAUUUGCUUUGAUCUUGUUAAUAACAAUCUCCAGAUUGAUGAAAUUGUUGCUUCAUGUAAAGCCAUGUCUUAAAAGUCCUUAUUGUUACUUACAAUGAGUUACAGAAACUCACAAAUUUCAAACAUAAGAAACAAGGUAAUCGUAUAGAAGUUUGAAAUGAUACUGGUUCUCUGGAGCAUGCGUUUUAAGCACUCAAUGUUAAUGAAAGCAUGUAAGAUACAUACCUGUUAUUGCCCUUAUCUCUUAAUACCCUUGUUAUUCAAUUCAUCUUUGGCAAGCUAGAAAUAUGUUUUUAUUCUGAAGGAUAGGAUUAUACUGAUAGGUGUUAUAACUUGAGGGAUUAUAUAAUCGUGAUUAUCUCCUGUGCUUUCAACCAGCCGUGUGCACAAGAUGCAACUUCAUCUCCAGCAAUGAUGUGUGCAAGGCUUGCGUCAUGUUGGAAGGUCUCAACAAAGGGAGGCCCAGGUAAAUAGAGAAAUAUUAAUCAGGUUAAAAGCGCUAACUGCAAUGUUCAAAACCUAGAGGAAUUAGGUGUCAGGAAUUAGGUGUCAAGAACUAGUUGUAAUAAAUUUAUUGAAAUGAUAAUGAGUGUAAGAAGAAUAAAAUGAGGAGUGGAAAAAAAGGACACAAAAUAAAUUCAAGGAGAUACUAUUGGGUGUAUUUUAUUUCCUUUUUCAUAUUUUUAUGAACUGAGUAGAGUCCCUUGGAAGCAAUGAUAAAUUAACUUUAUUGAUUGAGUUAAUCAUUUCAGCAACCUUGUUUUUAAAUUUAAAAAUGUAAUGCUUACACUGGCAGCAAAUUGCUGGCUUACAUCUAUGGGAAAAACAUAAAUUUACAUUUUGGAUAAUAUUUGUGUAUCUAGUUGUGAUUUCUCAUCUCUCUCGAAAUACAAUUGGUGUAGUGGAUUGGUUCAGGCUAGAUAUAUCAGAAGUGUGAUUGUUGCAUUUGAGACUUGGAAUGCACCUGAGGUCAUACCACCGGCUCAGUUCGCUGAUAUAAAUCAAAAGUCUUCACGCUUGAACAUUAACCCCUUGCAUCUGUCAAAUUGAUAUCGAUUGAGUAAUGGUGGCCUGAAAGUCAAUGCCAUUGUGUCCACUGGCUUCUCAUCCAAACUGUAUGAUAUUAUUUUAGGCAUUAUCAUUAAUAUAUUUUAACAUAUCUCUUAUUUAAAAAAACAGGCUGGGUAUAGGCAAACUACACAAGGAAAGAAGGAAGGUAUGCUGGAAGUAAAUCAUUUUUGUUACGUUGGGAUCAUUUAUAAUGUCUAUUAUUACAUCUUUAAAUAAAUUGUUUUAACAUUUUCGUCAAAAUACAUUUUUCUUGACAGAUAAGUUAUUGGUCUAUUUUUUACUUUUAAAAAAUAUUUUGGCCCUUUAUCUUCAAACUGUUUCAAUAUUUCAUGUUAUUUUGUUUCCAGUGGGAGGAAGAGUUGGAAGAACAGUCAAAGAUUUUAUCCAAUGGAGAUGGUACCACACCACUGUGUUGUGGGGGAGGGAAGUGUGGAGCUGAUGGGGGAGGCGAGUGUGGAACUGAUGAGGGAGGCGAGUGUGGAACUGAUUCAGGAGGGUGUAAGAAUUAGUGGUGGUUGGGGAGGGGAUAAGUCUGGCGGAAGUACACAUUGUAAGCAUGUUUUAAAACAUUCUCAUAAUUCCAGAACAUUUCAAGCUGUGAUUUAGGUUCCAAUACAGUUAGUUCAAAUUUGCAUACUACUUUUUUUUUCUUUUACAAAAUUAUUACAUUUUUGAGGCUUGGGCGUAGUAGAAAAUUACAGUUUUUAAUAAACCAUCAACUUUCUUUAAUGAAAGGCAUCUUUUAAGAUGUGCAAAAAAAAAAUAAUAAUUUGUGUGUUUUUAAUGUAAAUUUGAAACUAUUUUCAAUAAAACAUUGUCAUUAUUUAAAUAUAUUCCAUGUUUGUAGUUCUAUUAGUUUUCUUUUAGAAUCAGGAUGCAGGAUUGGUUUUUGUAGAU